AUGCCUGCGAUCCGGCCAAGUCUUAUCCUUUUCUCCUCGCCGUUCGACCAAGUGCCGUCAAAGUCCUCGCCGUCCGACAUCUGCGUCGAGCAACGACCUCGCUUCUCGCCGCCGUGGCGAGCAGAUGCGAUUCGUCACGUUUAUGGCAUCCGUCAUUCGCCCGUCGUGCCGAACUCCUCUGUUUGCCUGUCGCCGCGGCCGUCCGUUUCACGCCCUCCGGCACGACGGGACGGUGAGUGGCCCCCCUGCGUGCGCGGCUUGGUCCUGUUAGCGCCUCUCUCGCCCGUUGCCUCGGACGUGUUUGCUCCGCCGAGGCAGGGCGCGGCCGAAUAUAAAACAGAGGCCGCUGGCGGCUUGCUCCUCGCGAGCCCCAACGCUCACGCUCGGACCAGACGUACUCUCGGCAGGACAUCAUCGCAUCGCAGACGAGACGUGUUCCGCUCGAAAAUGGCCAUCGGCUUCCCUCUUCUUCUCCUCGUCGUCCUCGCGAGCGUGGCCGCGGCCGUCGUCCAUCCUCCGGUCCAUCCGCCGACGUCGCUCCCGCCGCCUCCCCCCUUGCCGCCCGUCGCCUCGACCGCGGCGGCCAAGGUGAGCCGGCCGGCCCCUCCCGCGCCGCCGGCCGUCUCGGGCGCCCCGACCGGUCGUCCCAGCUGCGAGUGCGGCUACACCUACUGCGCCUCCGUCCUGCUGGGCAUGAGAACCCCGUGGAACCCGAAGCAGCUCUCGGACGCCUACUGCAAGACGGCUGGUGCCGUCUGCUCCAACGGUGCGCCCGGCAGCGACGUCGAGACGGCGCUCUACCUCUGCCUCUGCGACAACGCCGACCAGCGGGCCGGUGAUCGGCUGCACCUGCUGUGCGGCUGCGACGAGUGUCUCGUGGAGCCGCCGGAUUAUCGUGGCCGCUGCGCGACGCCCUGCCACGCGGGCGCCUGCAAGUAG